AGGACGCUCUACCCGCCCCUUCUCGGCACGUCAGGAGCGGAGCACGCGCCGAGCGAAAGGCGGCAGGGCUGGAGUGGCCUUUCCCCCUUCAGCUCAGCAGAGUCCCAGGUGGACUGGCCAGAAUAGCCCCAGAGGCACUCCUUGGUUGAGAACUCUGUGCAUUCUGCGUGUUCCUGGCAAUCCUGCCCACAAUGUCCUCCAAGAAGCUGGUGAAUUCUGUGACAGGCUGUGCCGAUGAUGCCCUGGCCGGGCUGGUGGCCUGUAACCCUGACCUCCAGAUUUUGCAAGGACACCGAGUGGCCCUGCGCUCUGACCUGGAGAGCCUGAAGGGGCGCGUGGCCCUGCUGUCGGGUGGCGGCUCUGGCCACGAGCCUGCCCAUGCAGGUUUCAUAGGCAAAGGGAUGCUGACUGGGGUCAUUGCUGGUGCGGUGUUCACCUCCCCCGCGGUGGGCAGCAUCCUGGCUGCGAUACGGGCCGUGGCUCAGGCGGGCACAGCGGGGACGCUGCUCAUCGUGAAGAAUUACACCGGGGACCGACUGAACUUUGGGCUGGCCAGGGAGCAGGCGCGUGCCGAGGGCAUCGCGGUGGAGAUGGUUGUCAUUGGUGACGACAGUGCCUUCACCAGCCUGAAGAAGGCGGGCCGGCGGGGCCUCUGUGGCACAGUGCUCAUCCACAAGGUGGCUGGUGCUCUGGCUGAGGCUGGUGUGGGGCUCGAGGAAAUCGUUCGGAGAGUGAGUGCGGCUGCUGCAGCCAUGGGCACCCUGGGGGCCAGCUUGUCCUCCUGCAGCGUCCCCGGCUCCAAACCUACCUUCCAGCUUCCUGUGGAUGAGAUGGAGCUGGGCCUGGGGAUCCACGGGGAGGCUGGUGUCCGUCGGCUGAAGAUGGCCACUGCUGAUGAGGUAGUGAAGACCAUGAUUGACCACAUGACCAACCCCUCCAAUGAGUCCCACGUGCCAGUCAAGUCCGGCUCUUCGGUGGUGUUGGUCGUCAAUAACCUGGGCGGCUUGUCCUUCUUGGAGCUGGGCAUCAUGGCUGACGCGGCAGUCCGCUGCCUCGAGGCCCGUGGGGUGAAGAUUGCCCGUGCCCUGGUGGGCACCUUUAUGUCGGCCUUGGAAAUGGCUGGCAUCUCCCUGACUCUUCUGCUGGUAGAUGAUGCCCUCCUUAAACUGAUAGAUGCCGAAACCUCAGCUUCUGCCUGGCCCCAUGUAGCCAGAGUGCCCGUGACGGGCCGCGCACGGAGCCGAGCAGCCCCCGCAGAGAAGCCAGAGGGCACCGAGCCAAAGGCAGCCGGAGGUGCUGCCUCCCAGAGGGUGGCCACCAUCCUGCAGCGAGUGUGCACCACCCUCCUGGGCCUGGAGGAACAUCUGAAUGCUCUGGACCGAGCCGCCGGGGAUGGCGACUGUGGAACGACUCAUAGCCGAGCUGCCAAAGCGAUCCAGGAUUGGCUGAAGGAGGGCCCGCCUCCCAGCCGCCCUGACCAGCUGCUUUCCAGCCUGUCCAGGCUCCUGCUGGAGAAGAUGGGAGGGUCAUCGGGGGCGCUUUACGGCCUCUUCCUGACUGCGGCUGCCCAGCCCCUCAAGACCACGGCCGACCUGCCGGCCUGGACUGCCGCCAUGGAUGCAGGCCUGGAGGCCAUGCAGCGGUACGGCAAAGCUGCUCCUGGGGACAGGACCAUGCUGGACUCGCUGUGGGCUGCAGGCCAAGAGCUCCGUGCCCUAAAGACCCCGGGGGCCAACCUGCUGCAGGUGCUGAGCAAAGCUGUCAAGAGCGCCGAGGCCGCCGCAGAAGCUACCAAAAAGAUGGAGGCUGGGGCCGGCAGAGCCAGUUACAUCAGCUCAGCCAAGCUGGAGCAGCCGGACCCGGGGGCCGUGGCAGCUGCUGCCGUGCUCCGGGCUAUCCUGGAAACGUUACAGGGCCAGGGUGUGUGACCGCCUGUCUCUGACCCCAGCACCGUGGCCAUUGCUGUGCAGUUGCCCAGGGGCCUACGUCCUCCUCUCUGCCUCCCGUGCCAUUUUGUAUGAUGGCCUCUGGCCAGCCUGUGGAAAGGACCCCUUUGCACAAUCAUGUUCUAAACGCCUAAAAUAGGAGAUUACAAAGGAAAUCGAUUAUGCUGCAAUAUAAGCAAUCAAAUAAUCUUCCCCAAGCCCCAAAUUUCUCAGCUGCCCCAGAAGUCCUCGUCCCCUCCAAUCAUGCAGGAAGCCCUGAUUUUACGCCCAGAAUGAGGCAGGCCAUCCCCGGUCCGGGGAAGUGGUUCUGCAGCUUUGAACAGUUCCUCCGCCUUGUCCUUCUGGCCUUGACACCAGGGCCGAUUCCCGUUCCAAGCCCGGCAGGCUCUGCUCCCAUCAUCCCUUCUCCUUCCAGGGAGGGUGGAGCAGAGCCUGGCAGGACCCCAGCCCCUCCAGAUCUCAGCAGUGAGACUUUCUCUGUUCCUGUCAGGGUUAAUGGGUUUUCAAGGAUCUCUCUUUUGUAAGCCUUUCUGUCAGCAAACUGGCAGAGGGCAAAGCCCAAUAAAUCAUGUCCAAGCUGCAGCAAA